UGUGUUUUGUUGUACCACAAGCGAGUUCGUCUUGGCCCCGAUUGUAGCAGCACAAGUCCACACCGCAGCACCACCAGCCACCAGCCGUCGUCUCCGCUCCAAAUAUGUGUACACAAAAUAAUGAAAUUGCAACAUUUCUAUUAUAAAAUUUAAUGGUAAAACAAACGUUGAUCUGUCGCCACGGACAAACAGUUACAAGUUGAGAGCAACAAAGAUGUCGUCAUUCGAUUGAGAUUCGAGAUGCGAGGACGGUAAGAGAGUGCUCCGCCCUAUUUUGAGGCUUGUUGCAGAGGCUUGACACACAAAGCGGAGUGUUGUGGCAGGAGAGAGGGAUGCGAGGCUGAUGCGUGGUGGUACAAUGUACGGUUCAGUGCUGGAAUGCGUGGCCGAGUGAACAACAAAUAGCUGGCCUGGACUCUACACAGCUACCGUACUCGACGUCCAGCGUCCAAGCAGUUUUGCAUUUCUUAAAAAAAAAACAAACCAACCAAAACGCAUUUGCCGCCGGAAUGAGGGUGGGGGCGGAUGUGGUCUACGAUGGCCACGACUAUGGCAAUGAUGAUGCCAUGGGCAGUCCCCUGGACUGGCCAUUUCUGAUAAAGGGCAUCUUGGAGAACCAGACAUGCACCCCAACCGCACCGGAUACCCUGGCCGCCAUACUAUGGGCCAUUUUCGCCGUAUUCGGCAUCGUGUACGCCCUGCUCGGCUACCGCUGCCUUCGGGCCGUGGGCUUCCUCAGCGGACUAAUGGUGGGCGCCAAUGGCAUAUUCAUACUGCAGGACUUUCAGAUCACAUUCCUGGGCAAGCCGGCGGACUCGGCUUUGGCCAUUGUGGCCGGACUGCUGGGCGCCGUACUCGGUUCCACAUAUCCGGUCGCUUCGGUGCUGAUCAGUGCUUUCGCCGGAGCCCUGCUCUCCGGUGCCGCGAUGGCCGUUUGUGUGGCCACAAUGCCGGACAACGAAUUUGGGUACCGUGAAAUAUACGUGGCUGUGGUGGGUGGCGCCGUAAUCUGCUCGGUUCUCACCCUGUGCUGUGUCAAAUACGUGACCAUACUCACCUCCAGCAUUGUGGGCACGGCCAUGAUCAUCGGAGCCAUCGACUUCUUCAUGCACGGCCUGGAGACGUUCAAUUGGAUACUCAACAUGAGGCCGCAUCCAUUACCGCCUCCGUGCUAUGGGGGCCUCCUGAUAGCCGCCUGGCCCGUGACCAUUGUGCUCAGCAUCAUGGUGCAGUGCUUCAUAACCGCCUGGCGGGUGGACCAUCGCAAGCGUGUCUACAUGCGGCACCAUAACCAUCCCAACCAUCCCCAUGCUACGCACUUGCCGCACAGCCAGCAGCAAGCCGGACCUGGCCACGCCCAUGCACCCGUAAGACGAUCACAGUCGCGCACUCGCGAGACCCGCGAGGAGGCCAGACAGCGCAAGUUCCGCUACCUGUACCAGGUGCGAACGGCACGUGGCGACAUCAUAUCACAGAACUUUGUGUCGGCCCUGCAGAAGCGUAUCCAACUAAGUGGCACAGAGACGCCCUCGGAGAGGUCAAUCAAGACCAGCUCGAACGAGCGGAACACAUUCAGGAGUGACCGCACCCACUUUACCACCAUCCACGAUCCGGACUCGGAGCUGUGCGACAAGAUCGAAAUUGUCCGUGACAUUGGAUAACAAACAAGCAAUAGCUACAUGUAACUAUACCCGUAGGGGGGGACUACGGGCUGUGGUACUCUGGAAAGGCUUGGACACGGACACGGGUCGGGGGACAGAUCGAAUCGAGCGAGUGAGGAAGGAAUUUGCUCUAGCUGAGCAGCUGGAGGAGUUGGAGAGUAGGACACAGAAGUACGGUUACAUGUUGAAGCUAUAAAUUGGGCACAAAAUGCCUUACACGGAACGGACAAGAACGGAGGCACAAUGGAAGCAGAGCACAAGCCGAGAUGGAGUUGUGAGAGAGGCUUAUGUUGUAGCACUAAAUACGAGUAUCCAUGAAUGCACGUGGAAUAUUCAUGGAUCUAGUGUUUGGAUAUUAAGGAUUUUUGAGUGGAAAACACUGACAUACACAGAUCAGAACAGAGUUUGGAUUGCAUUGCAUUCAAAGGGAGAACCCAUAACCUAAACUUACUCUACUUAUUCGUGCACAGCUAGCAUUUAAGACAUCUGAUCACCAAAAUCCAUACGCAUCCAGAUGGUGCGUAGUGAUGGUGAUGAGCAAAAAAAGGCAUUUGUUCUCCCCACUUAAUCAAAUGUUACAACAGAACAUCCGAGUAUAAAUGGCAUGUAAUUCGGUAAAGUUUAAUGACUACAAUAAGUUGACUUCCGCGAGUGAUGAGUGAUUCUCGAUGAGUCAUAGGUAUAUCGUAUUCCUGGAACUAAAACUAACUUAACUAAAAAUACUAGUUACGCUUCUCCUUCUUCAAAUAUCGCAAUUUACUAAUCAGUUAAUAUCUGUGUUAUAUUUAUACGAUACGAUAAACCAAGUUACGAGUUGGACAGUUGGAAAUAUUUAUAUCAAGAUUGAGGCGAUUUCGUGAAUCGUUUCAGUGGCAUUUCGUUCCAUUUUAACUAUCAAAUAGUCCUAAGAACACGUUUAAAACUCCUUAUAUAGAUAACAGGAAUAUAUGGUAUAUCCCCAACUGAAGUAUCCUUAAAACAAGUGAAGCCAGGCACAACCAAAAACCAAACAAAAUACAAUUUAUAAAUAUAAUAAAAUACCUAUUAAGUACAAUAAAAACAAACAGUGAAGUGAAGGGAAAGAUGUACUAGGCUUAAGCACAUGUCCUUGUACUACCAAUACACUAUAUACGAGUACACUGACCUGUCUAGGCAGCUGAAUUUGGAUUUUAAACCAGUACAGCUGAACAUAUAUCCACAUAGAGUUAGAUACGUAUAUAUGUAUAUGCAUGUAGCUUUAGCAAUUGAAUAAGCCAAGGUUAAGACAUUUAA